CGGCAGGUGGCGGUGCAGUCGGCAGGCCUGGGGCUGGGGCUGGGGCAACAAUGGCGCUACUGAUGGAGCCGAUACGGCUGGACCGAGACGUGAGUCGAGCUAUUGAGUUGCUGGAGAAGUUGCAGCGGACUGGGGAGGUGCCUCCGCAGAAGCUGCAGGCCUUGCAGCGAGUGCUUCAGAGUGAAUUCUGCGUUGCCGUGCGGGAAGUUUAUGAGCACGUUUACGAGACUGUGGAUAUUAACAGCACUCCCGAUGUGAGGGCCAAUGCCACAGCAAAGGCAACAGUGGCGGCGUUUGCUGCCAGUGAGGGCCACUCUCACCCAAGGGUGGUGGAAUUACCCAAAACCGACGAAGGACUCGGGUUCAAUAUCAUGGGAGGAAAAGAGCAAAACUCUCCCAUAUACAUCUCCCGCAUCAUCCCUGCCGGCAUUGCAGAUCGACACGGUGGCCUGAAACGUGGCGAUCAACUCUUGUCAGUAAAUGGAGAGAGUGUGGAAGGGGAGCACCAUGAAAAAGCAGUUGAUCUUCUGAAGGCUGCGCAUGGAACUGUCAAGUUGGUCGUCAGAUACACACCGAAGGUGCUGGAGGAAAUGGAGUCACGGUUUGAAAAAAUGAGAUCAGCAAAACGCAGGCAGCAAAUCAAUUACUAACUAAGUAGCUCAAUAAUCUGUCUUCCUCCUCCACUGUUAUUCAAUGUGUUAUACUACAGGUCCACCACAGAUCUCCCGGCACCCUUGGUUCCAGAGCCUUUAUGGAUUAUUCGUGUUGCCCGACCAACAGAGGUCACGGCCUCCAACGGUACCUGAACGUUCCACCGGGGGGGGGGGGGGUGCCGAGACACCGGCCGGCAAAGUCGGCAUCGGAAGUCGGCAAUGGAACCGGAUCUGCCGGCUGUGGCCGGGCCGGAGUUCCAGAGCCCCCGGGCCGGAGUUCCAGAGCCCCGGACACAGGCGGCAGAUUCCACCCGCCGAUCGGCCGCUGAAGUCCCGGUGAGGUCGAGAUCGGCCGCCUCACCCGGCCCAGGGGACACAUUUUCGGGGGGAUCUCCGGAUUUCAAGUGCUCUCUUGUAACUUUGUCUGGAUUGAAGGAGGUGCCGACCCAUCAGUUGCCGGGGAAUUGUUGGUGGACCUGUACUAGUGACGAGAUUAAGAUGAUCAAACAGCGCCGUGUUUAAACCUCCCGGCCACAUUGACCAUGUAACACUAAACUUUAUCUUUCUCCAGUGUUUGAUUUAUAAUGUAGAUGGAUUUAAUUGCUUCAAAUACUCACUUUUUCAAUGA